AUGCGUUCUAUACUUCCAUAUGUGUUUCUAUUCACCGCCUGCCACGCAACAAUCGACGAUUACAAAGUGAAACGAGCCAAGAUCCUACGAGAUGAGGCACUCUUAUCUGUGGGGGGAAACUUACGGCUCUCAGACAAAGAAACAACCGUCAAUGACUGUCUAAUGCAGCACAAGUUUCGCGAAGUGGACUAUGGUUUUAAUAAUCCACAAUUUUAUAAUCUUUCUAGACAUUUUUUUUCCUACAAGGAUAAAUUACGGUUUUCAAAAGUGUAUCAGAUUAUAAAUGAUAUGCCAAAAGGAGCAGCUCUACAUAUUCACGAUAUGGGCAUUUUGGGACCAGACUACAUGGUCGAUUUGACCUACUCGGACGAUCUGUAUAUGUGCUAUGAUAAAAAAGAUAUACGUUUUAAAUUUGCUAAUAAAAUACCCAACUUUCCAUGCGGAAGUAGCUGGCAAUUAGUAAGUGAGAUUAGAAAAAUCUCAAACAGAACAAAGUUUGAUGCUGAAUUGCGAUCUCACUUUACUAUGUGUGUUAAUAAUCCUGACACUUCAUAUCCUAGCAUUAAAGAGUCUUGGGGAGUUUUUAUGAACUAUUUUCGAAGGGCUAGCCAAAUACUUACAUUUAGACCUGUAUGGGAACAGUAUUUCUAUGAAGUUCUUCAACAGUUUAGAAAAAGCAAUGUAAUGUACCUCGAAAUACGAAGCAUUCUUCCAAAUUUAUACGAGUUAGAUGGAACAGAAUAUGAUCCGAUUAUCACAGCGAAGACAUAUAAAAAAAUUAUUCAAAAAUUCAAAAAAGACCACCCUGAUUUUAUUGGAGCCAAACUUAUAUAUGCCCCUUCGAGGAAAAUAGAACGUUUCACUUUAGAUGAAUAUUUACGGUUAGCAAGAGCGAUAAAAGCUGACAUGCCCGAUAUUUUUGCGGGCUUUGAUCUAGUCGGCCAGGAAGAUCCUGGAAAUCCCUUAAUAGAAUUUAUACCACAAUUAACAGCAGCAUCCAAGGAUUUAAACUUUUUUUUCCACGCAGGAGAAACAAAUUGGUAUGGCACAUUAACGGAUGAAAACCUAAUAGACGCCAUAUUAUUAGGCGCGAAACGAAUCGGUCAUGCCUAUGCUCUUCCAAAACAUCCUAUUCUUUUAAAGGAGGUGAUUGAGAAAGAUAUUGCUGUAGAAGUUAACGUAAUUUCAAAUUCAGUACUAUCUUUAGUGCGCGAUGUUCGCAAUCAUCCACUUAGUAUUCUUCUAGCUCAUGGGGCACCUGUAGUGCUUUCUAGUGAUGAUCCAGGUAUUUGGGAAGCAGAUCUAUUGUCUGACGAUUUUUAUGUUGCUUUUGUUGGCGUUGCCAGUCGUCUAUCAGAUCUGAGUCUGUUAAAACAAUUAGCAAUUAAUUCUUUAAAAUACAGUGCAUUAGACGAAAACGCAAAAGCCAAUGCGCUAACCAAAUUUAGCAUACAAUGGACUAAAUUUAUCGAUAAUUUUAAUUGUUCUAAAUAC